CGGAUGAUAACAGAGGGUCACUCAAUCGAAAUAUCAGAAAAAUACUUUUGGUCAGAUUCCCGAACAGUCCUUAGCUGGAUCAACUCAGACCACCGUAAGUACAAACAGUUCGUUGCAUUCAGAGUAGGAGGAAUCCUAGAAGAGACAGAGACAACGAACUGGAGAUGGCUGCCCAGUAAAGAAAAUGUGGCAGAUGAAGCCACAAAAUGGAAUAACAAAUGCGAAUUCCAUUCUCAGAGCCGAUGGUAUAGCGGACCACGGUUUUUGUACGAUUCGUGCAAUGAAUGGCCAGGGAAACCUGUUAACUUAGAACCGGUAACUGAAGAAAUGAGACACGUUCAUCUACAUCAGGAAGAAAAAGCAGACUUUCAAAUAAACGUUUCAAGGUUCAGUAGCUGGAAUAGACUUCUGCGAACCAUGGCGCAAGCAAUCAGAUUUAUUCGAGAAAGAAUUUUGAAAGUAGAGAAGUUUGGCGUCACUAUACGAGCAGUUCACUUGGCAGAAGCAGAAUGUUAUUUAAUGAGGAUGUGUCAAAGUGAAUUAUUUUCUGAAGAAAUUGCUACUUUGAAAUAUAGCAAAACCCAAAUAACUGUCGUCUGCACAUCGAGUCCAAUCUACAAACUUUCUCCAUAUCUGGACGACAAAGACGUCUUGCGAAUGAGAGGACGGAUAGAUGCAGUAUCGGGAGUACCUCUGUGCACAAAACGUCCUAUAAUUUUACCAAGAGAACACAGCAUAACCCGUCUAAUUGUUUUCGACUGCCACGAACGAUUCUGUCACAAGAAUAACGAAACAGUCAUUAACGAAAUCCGCCAGAGAUUCUAUAUACCUAAACUUCGCGUCUUAUUGAGAAGUAUAAUUUCCAAAUGUCAACAUUGUAUGAACAACCGGUGCACCCCCGAGCCCCCGCUUAUGGGCGACCUACCACACGCACGACUUCAAACCUUUACAAGACCAUUUUCCUUUAUAGGGAUAGACUAUUUUGGACCACUCUAUGCAAAAAUUGGGAGACGUUCAGAAAAACGCUGGGGGGUGUUAAUAACUUGCCUUACAGUGCGAGCUGUGCACAUCGAAAUAGCUUCGAGCUUAUCUGCAGACUCUUGCAUAAUGGCUAUCAAACGUUUCAUUGCAAGAAGAGGUUGGCCGCUCGAAAUAUUUAGUGAUAAUGGGACUAACUUUCGAGGUGCAAGCGUAGAACUAAAAGAAGCAGUGAAUAAGAUCGACAUCGAUAAAAUAGCUACCGCCUUCGUUAGACCAAAUCUUAAGUGGAAUUUUAAUCCACCGUUAUCACCACACAUGGGGGGGAGUUGGGAACGAUUGGUUCGUUCCGUAAAAGUUACUCUUAGUCAUAUAUCCCCCACAAGAAACCCUUCCGAUGAGCUUUUAGGUACAAUGAUGUCUGAGGUAGAGAAAAUAAUAAAUACACGACCCCUUACUUAUGUUCCAAUAAAUAGCGAUGAAGACGAAGCAUUGACCCCGAAUCAUUUUUUGUUGGGAACAUCCAACGGUGACAAACUGGCAGGAGAGAUUACGGAUGAUUCAGCUAUACUCCGAAAGAAUUGGCACAUCAGCGAGCAAUAUGCUAACCGAUUUUGGCAACGAUGGGUGGACGAAUAUCUACCAGACCUAACUAAAAGAACAAAAUGGUUCUCAACACCUAAAUCAGUAAGCGUUGGUGAUGUCGUAAUAAUAGUCGACCCAGCUUGCCCAAGAAACACUUGGCCCAAAGGCCUCAUUAUCAAAACCAACCCUGGUAAAGAUGGCAUAGUAAGAAGUGCGGUCGUAAAAACACAAAACGGUGUCUACACCAGACCAACAGCCAGGUUAGCUAUUCUAGAUGUUGGCAGGUUUGGCGAUGAUGGAAAGCCAGUUUCAUGAACCAGCUUACCAGGGGGCAGUGUUGCCAAACCUGGCAACGCCUAUUGUGCGGCUAGAAGCUAAGCUGCUGGCAAUUGUCAAAAAAAGUUGACCGCCGCCAUCUUGUUUCCGGAUUUCACUAUUUUUGCCACGAGUCAUUCUUUCUUCUUCACCACCGCCAUAGUUGCGCACCGUAAAAAACACACUAAAUUGAAUAAAAGUUUCUUAUCCAAAAAAGAGAAAUCUAACAAUUUAUUACCACGGGCAGUCGCAACA